UUCAUUUUGAAUCCUCGCAAAUUUUGUCCGAAAAAUUUGUAAUAUAAAAUUGUAACAAUGGCUUUAAUUACAAACAUGUUUACAAAAAUUUGGUUGCGUAAAUUUCGAAGUAGCGUUUGCAAGAAUGCGCUGGAAUUCCCUGUUUGUAAGCGCCCACAAUUUAUUCGCGCACCACCUUUUUCGACCGAGAAAGUGACACACAUUAACGACGGAGAUCAUACAGAAAUUCCAAAAAUAAUGGAAAAAUUGCAAUAUCCUGAAGCGCACCGUGAUGAAACCAUCGUCGAUAAUUAUCAUGGUGUCGAGGUAUCAGAUCCAUACAGAUGGCUAGAAGAUCCUGAUUCUGAAAAAACUAAAGCAUUUGUUGAUGCUCAAAAUGCUAUCACUAAACCUUAUUUAGCAUCAUGCAAGGCACGUGAAGAUAUUCAUGAUCGAUUAAAGCAAUUAUGGGAUUAUCCAAAGUAUUCAUGUCCUGCUAGAUAUGGGGAUAAAUAUUAUUUCUAUAAGAAUACUGGCUUACAAAACCAAAGUGUUCUAUAUGUACAAGAUACAUUGGAUAGCGAACCAAGUGUAUUUUUAGAUCCAAAUACUUUAUCAGAAGAUGGUACUGUUGCAAUUACUAGCAGUAAAUUUAGUGAAGAUGGUAGCAUAUUUUCAUAUGGUUUAUCCACUAGUGGAUCUGACUGGUGUACAAUACAUUUUAUAAAUACGGAGACAGGUGAAAAGUAUCCAGAUGUUUUGGAGAAGAUAAAGUUUUCUCCAAUAACAUGGACUCAUGACAAUUCUGGAAUCUUUUAUGGCUGUUAUCCAGAUCAGAAAGGUAAAACUGAUGGUUCAGAAACAGAAGGUAAUCGAGACCAAAAGCUUUGCUACCAUGUUGUUGGUAGACCUCAGUCAGAAGAUGUCAUUGUAGUUGAAUUUCCUGAAGAACCUUUAUGGAGGAUAGGUGCACAAGUUUCUGAUUGUGGAAAAUGGUUAAUUAUUACACCUGUGAAAGAUUGUAGAGAUAAUUUAGUUUACUUUACGGAAUUAAAAUCAGGAAUGAAAAUGAAUGAAAAGUUACAGUUAACUCAAGUAGUUGAUAAACUUGAAGCUGAUUAUGAAUAUAUAACAAAUGAUGAAACAAAGGCUAUAUUUCGGACAAACAAAAACGCACCGAAUUACAAAUUAAUAGCUAUAGAUUUAUUGGACUAUAAGCAAGAAAAAUGGGUUGAUCUCUUACCAGAACAUCCUGAUAACGUAUUAGAUUGGGCAUGUGCAGUUGAUGGUGAUAAAUUUGCAGCUUGUUAUAUUGAACAUGUUAAGAACGUUUUACAACUGCACAGUUUAACAACAGGUGAAAAACUUCGAACGUUUCCGCUUGAAGUUGGCACAAUAGUUCAUUUUACAGGACAGAAAAGAUAUUCCGAAAUAUUUUAUCAAUUUAAGUCAUUUUUAAUUCCUGGUAUUAUAUACAGAGUUGAUCUAAAAAAAGACGAAGAACCACAAGUAUUACGAGAGAUUAAAGUGAAAAACUUUGAUCCAAGUUUAUACAAGACUAGUCAAGUAUUUUAUACAAGUAAAGAUGGUACAAAUAUUCCAAUGUUUAUAGUAAUGAAACAUGAUGCAGUUUUGGUUAAUUCCAUGCCGGCUUUAUUGUACGGUUACGGAGGCUUUAAUGUAAGCAUUCAACCAACAUUUAGCGUUACAAAGCUAGUUUUUGUUCAGCAUUUAAAUGGAGUACUUGCGGUGGCGAAUAUUCGCGGUGGUGGUGAAUAUGGAGAAAAAUGGCAUAACGGUGGACGAUUUUUUAACAAACAGAACGUGUUCGAUGAUUUCCAAGCUGCUGCCGGUUAUUUGAUCGAAAAUGGUUACACCUCAUCUUCAAAAUUAAGUAUCUUGGGUGCCAGUAAUGGAGGUUUAUUAAUAGCUGCGUGUGUAAAUCAAAGACCUGAUCUUUUUGGUGCUGCAAUUGCUCAAGUUGGGGUAAUGGAUAUGUUACGUUUCCAUAAAUUUACCAUUGGUGUUGCUUGGGUAUCUGAUUAUGGUAGUUCGGAUGACUUAAAACACUUCGAAAAUCUUCUAAAAUACUCUCCAUUACAUAAUGUGAGAGUUCCAGAAAAUGGACAAUAUCCCGCAACAUUAUUAUUGACGGCUGAUCACGAUGAUCGAGUAGUACCAUUGCAUAGCCUAAAGCUUAUUGCUACUCUACAGCAUACACUGGGAAAAUUACCACAACAAACAAAUCCUUUACUCAUUAAAAUAGAAACUAAAGCUGGACAUGGUGGUGGAAAACCAACCAUGAAAGUGAUCGAAGAAAGUACAGACAUUUUAGCAUUUAUCGUUAAAUCUCUGGACCUAACAUUCAAAUUGUAA